CAAACCAUCGAGCUUCUCCCGACAGCAAUUCCGCCUCCCCACCACUAAUCCCCGACACGAACAUCGUCGCAAUGGCUUCCCUCAUCGCCCGCCGAGCUUUCACUACCACGGCCCGCCGCCUGGCCACCGGCGAGGAGGCGCUUAAGACCGAGUCCAAGAAGAACCCCGAGAUCAUGAUUCUCGGGGGCGUAGUGGUCUGCGCCCUUACCGGCGCCGGUUACUAUUUCGGCCGCAACCCGACCAAGUCCACAUCCGAGAACGCCGUCCCGCUGGCCGACAAGAGCAUGCCUUGGGAGACCGGCGCGACCCACGGCAAGUACCAGUACCACCCCGGCGGCGAUGCCAGCGCGGCCCCGAAGGAUGCCCCUAGCGCCGUCAACGUAGUCGUUGUCCCCGACGUCGAGCUCCCGAAGCGACUCCAUGAUAAGUACAACAAGUGGGGUAAGGAUGGUUAUUAGGCAUAGGCUUAUUUUUUUGCACCCCGGGGAAGGGCGUCGGAUGUAAAUACACCCGGUUGCGGGAAGGCUUGCGAGGUUCAGGGCGGUCCGAAUAGAGCUU